AUGUCCGCCGGCCAGCUGCGUCGACACCGGUCGACGUCGCGCAGCAGCUCGCGGCGUGACGAGCAGUCCUCCUUCGCACCGCCUGCGCCGAGCAUAACCCCCAAGGCCCAAGAGUUUGAGCCCUGCGCCGCCACCGCCGCAUUCUUCCUGUACGCCCAGCGGAACGUCAUCCUCUGCCUCCACCACGACACAUUGGCCAUCGAGCGCCGCCUGACACUGCACCGCGAGGACGUGUCGUGGAUCGCCGUCGACAACGUUAGCGAGAGGGGCGCGGGGAGGUUGGUCGUGAGCUACGAUGUCGGCAACACGGCCAUUGUCUGGGACCUCCUCACCGGCGAAGAGGUCGCGCGCUUCGCCGCCUACGAGUCCAUCAACGCUGCAACCUUCAUGCGCAAUGGCAACGUCGCGUUCGGCAACUCGCAGGGAAACGUCAUCCUCUUCGAGCCCUCGACCUCGGAGCACAUCUCGGCGCGCACAAUCUUCGACCCCAUCACCGCGUUGGCGCCUGCGGCCGACUGCCGCACCUUUGCGAUCGGCUACCAGAACGGGUCCAUCCUCAUCGUCACGCUGCAGCCGUCCUUCACCAUCCUGCACACUCUGACCACGCCGAAGCAGCCGUCGCCCAUCAUCAACUUGGCGUGGCAUGGCUCCUCGUCGAAGCAAAAGUCGGAGAUGCUCGCCACCCAGACAUGCGACGGCGAUCUUCGCGUUUGGAGCGUGCCCAAAGCGCCGAGCAGCGACCCGCCCUGCGUGAUCCGGAUUCUCAAUCGGUCCGAGAACAGGGAAUCUGGCCCGUGCUGGUUCGGCUGGUCCAAAAACGGCCGCAUCGUGCAGUACUCGGAAGGCGCCACCUACGCCUGGGACGUAAGAACUAAGAAAGUCACGUACGACCUCGUCCCCACAAUCGAGGGCGUCUCGGCCAUCGCCAACUUCGGCCCUGGUGCUGCUCUGUUCACCCUGGGCCGCAAUCACACCGUUCAACAAUACGACAUCAACCCAAAUCAAACCCCCGUAAUAGUCGCCAAUGUCCAACAUGUGCCGGCGAAUGCACCCCCCUCGCCGCCAAACUCGAUUGAAGAGAAGGAGCAGCAGCAGCAUCAUCAUCAUCAUCACUACCACGAAGAAGAAGAAGAAGAAGAAGAAGAAGAGCACAUGCAGGAGGAGAUGCAGCUACGGAACGAAGAACCCGCUCCGGCCUUACCAGUUUACCUCGAUGAGAGCAGUGAGGGCGAGGGGGCCGCCGCCAUGUCGCCGUUGCAGAAGAUUGCGCGAGAGAUGGACCAGCUGGAGGAGGAACGACGGGAUCGCGUCGGGCCGCUCAGCCCUGUGUCGAGCCGUGGUUCUUCUACAAGCUCCCGUUCGUCUGGCGGAUCGCGGAGAAACCUCUACCGUUACGACAAGCCGUCUUCUCGAGCUUCCGAACGCUCGGAUGGAACCGUCUUCUCGUCCGGCUCUUCUAUGCAGUCUGGCUCUUCCUACAAAGCCCGUGAAAGCAUGUCUAUCCGCUCGGGCUCCUCCUACGCAUCUUCGAGACACCGUUCCAAGGGUUCGUCAUCACUCCGAAAGGAAAUGCUUCGAAGUCCAGAAGAAAGCACGGACGCAACCACUACGGAAACGGAUCUGUUCCCUUUCACAAAAGCCAGACUCAAUGAUGUUCCCUUCAGAAUGCCGCAGCCAGGCGCGGCGAAAACUCCUGACGAGCUCCGACAGCAAAUGCUCAGCGUGGUUUUUGGCUGGGAGGACGACAUUGAGAUGCUCGUCCGCGAAGAGCUGAGUCGUCAUCCCGCUGGCUCAGGAAGCAGCGUCUUGUUGUCAAAAUGGCUUGGUGAUAACGGGGCCGACUUGAUGGCUUCUAUGAUUGGCUCCGAGUCGAUGACGUCUUCCGACUGGAUGUUGCUUGCUCUGUGCUCAAUGGGUCAGAACUCGCAAAAGAAGGUUGGAGAGGCGUUUGUACAGAGGUUGCUGGAGAAGGGCGACGUUCAUCCUGCGGUCGCACUCCUCCUUGGCCUCGGUGAGUUGAACGAAGCCGUCGAGGUGUAUGUUGCUCGCAAAUACUACCUCGAAGCUGUGCUCCUCACUUGUCUCCUUUUCCCUCACGACUGGCAGCGGCAAUCCUUCCUGGUCAGGAAGUGGGGUGAGGUUGCAGUCACUACUCGCCAGCCCGAGCUUGCAGUCCGAUGCUUCUAUUGUACCAGCAUGGAAUCCACCGAGCCCUGGACAUCCCCUCGGGCGCAAGAUGAUGUUUACCGAGCCCAACAAGCCCAGAACGAGGCCCAGCUUAGCCCUCCCCUUUCCCCGCCUUCUGCCGGCCCGAACCGCGUCAAACAAUCUGGCCUCAAGCUCUUCACCAGCUUUAACGACGAUGCCAGCGGUGCACUUUCUGCUGGCGGCGACCGCACUGCGAUGGGUGUCACUCCUAUCGCACAGUCCGCGCUUUCUCCUGGUGGAGGAAACAACUGGUUGCACCCGGGUAGGAGUGCCAGGGAGCCGUCCUCCGCUAGAACCGCGACUCCAGGAGGCUACGGUCGGAGGCGCUUCCCAUCCAAGCCCGAUUACACGAGAGGAACUCCCAUCCAAGAGACGCCAACCGUUGGUGGCGAAACACCACUCCCGACAACUGCGGUGAAGGAACCCGAGUCUAUUGAGAUCAAUUUCGGAAUCGACCAAGAUUCUGUCCACUCUCGCCAUCCCAGCAUCGAGAUCACGAAAGAGGAGCCGAAGGAGGAGCCGAAAGAUGAAGGACCAAUGUUGCUCAGUGCUGUUGCGUACACCCCGGUCGAGCCGAAGAAGAAGGCAGCUGAUGCCCUACCGUCCCCUGCUCAUGGCAUUUUCGAGCACCUAAAGCAGGAAUCACGCCACCGGAACGGUUCCAGAGACAGAAAGCCCGAUGGCCUCUAUCUGGACGUGGUUGACACUGUCGAGACCAGCGAUGCGCCUUCAACCGCGUCGCAGUCUGGGUUCUUGGCUGGUCGCAACGCCGAGCUUAGCCCCCCACUGACGAGCAACAGUAUCAAGAGCUCCAAGGUCAGAAGCAUCGAUCAGUACAUAAGCAGCUUGGGGGAGGCCAAGUACACGCGCAAGGCUAGCCGUUCUCGUGCUGGCAGCAAGGACCGCAAUGGAAGGAGCAGCAGGCAAAGUGGCCGCGAAGAGUCUCAGACUCGCGGGCGCUCCGGCACACGCUACAUCAAGCCCGCCAAACGCUCCCCGUCCUCGCCGGUCCCCAUGUCCCCGGAAGAAGCCGCUCUGUACAGCAGUGGCAACAACAGCGGAAACAACGACAGCUACGAUGACGAGCGGUAUUACAAGAUCGCCUCGCCUGCGGUGGCUUCCAUGCGCGGACGCAGCCGCAGCAACACUCGCGGCACGUCCAAGGUCAGAUCAUCCUCAAAGCUUGGCCGGCGCCAUGAGUCCAUUGAGCGCAGAUCUCGUAGCAGGAACGGACACGUCGGCAGCAAGGCGGCCAGCCGUCAGGCAAGCCGAGAUGGUCGUUCCGGCGGAGAAGACAGAGGUCGCACUUCUCCCAUCUCCCCUGUUCCCAUGUCUUCGGAUCCACUCUUCUACAAGAGCGAUGGCGACGAUGACGGUGCUUUCGAGAUCGUGAAGUCUCCCGUCAGAACCCGCCAGCGAAGCUCGAGUCGCCGUCCCAGUGCAAGGUCGAGACAAGCUUCACCUGACCGCCAUGGUCGGGAUCGGUCACAGAGCCGCAGACCCAGCCAGCAGGACAUCACAAGCAUCCGCCCUGAGUCCCCAGAGAUGACCACCGGGCGCCAGGCCUCUCGCCAACGCAUGCCUAAACUGCAGACGGACUUCACGUCCGGAUCCGCCGUUGCUGCGCAAAAGAUCCUCUCUCAGAAGGAACGGGCUGCCCGUGAGCUCGAGGAGCGUCGUCUGUCCCUAGCCAGGAGGCCUUCUGCCCCGGUGAUUCCGCACCCGCAUGAGCUGUCUCGGCCCUCGAUCUACGGUCGCUCCUUGACCGAUUUGGGAAACUCACCUAACUCUGCCAUGCCACCCAUGUCCUCUCACAGCGACAAAGGCCUGCCUCGCAGCCAGACCGUCGAUCCCGAGAUGAUGCGUUACAACCCCAGACAUACCACUGGAACCUCGACCAGGUCAAUGCCAAUUGGACUUCCCGCGACGCCACGGGCUCUGCGUCAUCCUAGGUACAUGAGCUCUGACCCUGAGCGUGAUGAGGUGCCUGCCGUGCCUCAGAUCCCCGAGCACAUCAUCGAGGUGAACAUCGACAACAACACAGAAGUCCAAGACGAUGUGGCGCCCCUGCUUCCCGCAACUACCUUUGGUCAGACAGGACCGCAGAGUCCACAGCGCUCGGUUUCCGCCCCUCCGGAGCACAUCAACGGCACCAGGCGAGGAUCGGCCAGCAGCCGCGGCAGUGGCAACAAGCGGAUCAGCCCGCCACCGAUCACGGCCAGCAUCGCUGAGGCGUUGCACGGCGAACAGAUAAUUGUCGUUGGUGAGCCUGAAGCGAAGGAGAACCCUCCCCUUCUCGCAGAGCUGCAGCAUUUGAACGCUCCUCCGCCGCCACCGCCACCGCCGAUAUUUCAUUCGCACAGUCGCACCGGAAGCGGUGUCAUUAACAUCGCCAUCGAUGAGAAUCCCAAUGGCCGCACGACGACCCCUGCUAUGCCUCCACCAGUCGACUAUCCAGUCAACGAACAUAUGUCGCAUAUGUCGCCUCCGCCGCCGCAACCGCCGCGCCCGCAUACCGGUUCACCUUCCAUGCACCGUCGCGGUCGCGGCUCCGUCAGCGAGAGCAUCGGUAGCAGGCUUCGCGGUGUGACUGAGCGCAUGCGGAGCACCUCACGCUCGCGAGCGAAGUCGCCACCCAACGACUUUGCGCCUUCACCCUACGAGACGGUCAUCCCUGGCCUCGAUUUCAGCCACAGUCGCUCCAACAGCUCGUACCAGCAGGUGCAGCGUACCAAGUCGCCGCUCAGCGAGACUCAGAGCUUCCUCGAUCAAAUCCCACCUCCGCCGCCGCCGAUUCCUUCAAUGGGAAGUCCCAUGAUGGAGCAGGUCGUCCCGCCCGACCCAUAUGCGCCGAGCCGCCAAAACGACCGCGGGUACAUGCGCCACCCGCGGGAGAUCAGGGCCAACAUGCCGCCGGACUCCAUUCAGGCCGGCGUCGUCCCAAUGGAGAGUCCUACCGGUAUGAUCUGA